AUGAAUUAAUAACUUAUUUAAAAUGAAAUUUCAAAAUAAAAUUAUGAUGCCGAUAAUGAAUAAAAAAAAAUCUAAUUAUUAUCUAUAAAUUAUUCAAAUUUAGAAUAAGAAAACUAUUAAAAAUAUAUAUACGAUGAUUCUAAUUAAAAUAAAGAAAAUAUAGAACUUUAAUUUUUAAGGAAAUAAACAUAAUCCGAAAAGAAAAGCUUCUCAAUAUACCAUAAGCUAAAAGAUAGAUUAUCAGGAAUAAAAGAAUCGAAUUGGGAUGUAAAUAUUGAAUAAAGACGCAUAAAAAUAGGUGAAAACAACCUUAAAUAUCCGUCUAAUUAAAUACGAACGAGUCGAUACACUAUAAUAUCUUUCCUUCCUUUGAAUUUAUUUGAAUAGUUUUCAAAACUAGCUAAUAUAUAUUUCCUUGUAAUGGGUUUUUUAUAAAUGAUUCCUUAAAUUUCUAAUACUUUUGGAAUUCCAACUGUUUAUUUGCCAUUAUUUUUAGUACUUUGCAUCGGAGCAAUAAAAGAUAUUGUUGAAGAUUUAAAAAGACAUAGUUCUGAUAAAGAAGAGAAUUAAUAAAUUAUUCAUAAAAUUGAAGACGAAUAGGAAUGUAAAAAGCUUAAAAUAAUGGAUAUUUUUAGUGAAAAUAUACUAUGUGGAAAUAUAAUAAAAAUUAAAGAAAAUUAAUAGAUUCCAGCUGAUAUUUUACUUUUGAAAACUUCAGAUUUAAAGGGAAGUUGUUUUAUAGAAACUAAGAAUUUAGAUGGAGAAACUAAUUUAAAACCUAAAUUUGUUUAUAAAGAUAUAAAUAAUUUAUUAAAUGAAAAAUAACUAUUUAAUUUUAAUAAUAUGAAUAUAUAUGUAAAUUAUGAAAGUCCUAAUCCUUUAUUAUAUAAAUUUAAUGGAAAUAUAUAAAUAGGAAAAUAAAUUAUUAGUUUAGAUGAAAAAAAUAUUGCAUUAAGAGGUUGUUUUUUAAGAAAUACAUCAUAUAUAUAUGGAGUAGUCAUAUAUACAGGACAUGAAUGUAAAAUAAUGCUAAAUUCGCACUCUCCAGAAUUAAAAAGAAGUAAUGUGGAAAAAAUAAUGAAUAAAUUAGUCUUUUUUGUCUGGAUUUGUUAAAAUUUUUUAUGUGCAUUAGGAGGAUUAUGGUAUACUAUAUGGCAUUUUGUAAAUAAAAGUAAAAUAUCGUAUAUCUAUAUAGAUAAAAAAGAUGAUUUUAACUCUGCUGAGCUUUUUUUUUAAAGCAUUGGGAAUUGGUUAAUGAUUUUUCUGAAUUUUAUACCAGUUUCAUUAGUUAUUUCUUUAGAAAUGAUUAGGUAUUUAUAAGGAAUGAUUAUUUGUAAUGAGAAAUUAAUGAAAAGUAAGCAUGGAAUACAUGCUAAUGUUUAAAGUUCUAAUUUAAAUGAAGAUUUAGGAUAAAUUUAAUGUAUUUUUUCUGAUAAAACAGGAACUUUAACAUGUAAUAUAAUGAGUUUUAAGUCUUUUUAUUUAGAUGGGAAAGUUUAUGGAGAUAUAAAUGCAAAAGGCUAAAAAUAAAAAGAUAUAGAAAAUGUAAAUUUCGAAGAUGAAAGAAUUCUUAAAGAGCCCAAAAAUUAAAAAAUUAAAGAUUUUUUAUUACAUUUAGCUUGUUGUCAUGAAAUAAUAUAUAAUGAAAAAGUUGAAAAAUAUUAAGCUUCGUCGCCUGAUGAUCUUGCAUUGGUAAAUUUCGCGAAAUUUUGCGGUUUUUAAUAUUUAGGAAAAGAUAAUGACGAUAUAAUAUAAAUAAAAGAAAGUGAAUAAAAUAAAAUAUGGAAAUUUAAAUUAUUGAAUUUAAUUGAAUUUACUUCUGAUAGAAAAAGAAUGUCUAUUAUAAUUUAAGAUUAGGAAACUGAGAAAAUUUGCUUAUUAAUAAAAGGCGCAGAUAGCGCCAUUAUUCCUAGAUUUACAUCAUAAGAAUAAACUCCUUGUUUACUAAAAAUACUAGAGGAAUACUCCGAAAUAGGACUCAGGACUUUAGUUUUGGGAAAAAAGGAUAUUUCAAACUAAGAAUAUCAAGAUUUUAACAUAAAAUAUUAAAAAGCAGCCUCUCUUUUAAAAAACAGGGAUGAAGCAAUCGAAGAAUUAGCCUAAAAUAUUGAAUAAAACAUCACUUUUAUAGGUGCUACGGCUAUAGAAGAUGAAUUAUAAGACGAAGUAGGCGAAACAAUUGAAAUUUUGAAAAAAGCAGGAAUUUGUUUUUGGAUAUUAACUGGAGAUAAGAAAGAAACUGCGAUAAAUAUAGCUAUAUCAACCAAAGUAUUAACUACGUAAGACACUUUAGUCGAAAUAACGCCCUAAAAUUUAUUCAAUAUACAUAUAAACGAUAAGAAAACAACAAUAAUAAUCACUGGAGAUUCAAUUUCUGAAAUUUUCCAAGAUGAUAUUAAACAAUCAACUUUUUCUGGAAUUUCUUCCCAGGCAAAGUCAGUUAUAGCCUGUAGAGUUUCUCCUAAAUAAAAGAAAGAAUUAGUCUAUCACUAUAAAUUACACCCAAAAAAUGCCUAAAAACGUACUCUAGCAAUCGGAGAUGGUGCAAACGAUGUCUCUAUGAUCUUAGAAGCACAUGUUGGUGUAGGAAUCAAAGGCUUAGAAGGAAUGUAAGCGGCUAGAUCUGCAGAUUAUUCUAUUGGAGAAUUUAAAUUAUUGAGAAGGUUAUUACUUUUCCAUGGUAGGGAGUGCUAUAGGAGAAAUUCAGUUGUUAUAUUAUAUAACUUUUAUAAGAAUGUGAUGUAUUUAUGUCCAAUGUUAUUUUUGGGAUUCUUUUCUGGAUUCUCGGGAGCGUUUAUUUACGAUUUGUUCCUUUUUUAAUGCUUUAAUGCAGUUUUUACUGCUUUUCCGAUUGUUUUUUAUGCUGUUAUGGAUAAGGAUUUGUCUUCUAAGGUUUUAGUGAAUUCUCCUUCUCUUUAUAGAACAGGAAUCGAAGGGAUGUUUAUGAAUAACUAAGAGUUUUUUAUUUGGUUUUUGGGAGGAUUCUGGCAUGCGGCUGCAAUAUUCUUUGUUUUUAUGUUUUCAAUGGACUCUGUAGGCGAGUUAGAUGGAAGAAUGAAUGAUUAGGUGGUUAUUGGAUAGAGUAUUUUUAUGAUUAGUGUAGUUAUAGGGAAUAUUAAAGUCUGCAUUCAUUCUUAUUUGAGAUAUUCUUUAUAGUUUAUUUUAUAAAUUUUGAGUAUUGGUAUUUAUUUAAUCAUUCUUACAGGAUCUAAUUUCUAUUUAAAUUAUGAAUUGUGGCAUGUGCUUAAUAAAAUGUUGGUUUAGCCGUAUUUUUAUUUGUGCUUUUUAGCUGCUUUGGGAUCUACGGUAGUUUUGGAAUACGGAUUGGUAGUUUUUAAAGAGUUUUUAUUUUAUAUGUAAUUAAGAGAUUAGUUUAAGGAAGAAUAAUACUUAAAUAAUAAUAUUAAACAGUUUGCGAAAAUCAAUGAUUUAAAUAAGUUUAUGAAUACAGUUAGGAAAGAUUAUAAAGACGAGAGUUAAGAUGAAGAUAGUGCUACAGAAAGUAUUUAAAAUUAAUGCAAAGAAAUCAAUAUUUGA